AUGGCCUCAAUUCCCUCAACCAUGAACGGCGUCCAGUUCUCCAGGACGGGCGGCGCCGAGGUUCUCGACUACAGAACCGACCUCCUUGUCCCCAAGCUCAAAAAGGGCGAGAUUCUAGUCAAGAACGAGUACGCUGGUGUCAACUUCAUCGACACCUACUACCGCACUGGUCUCUACAAGGUUCCCCUCCCCAUGAUCCUGGGCCGUGAAGGGGCUGGUCGCGUCGUCAAGGCUCACGACAGCGUGGCUUCUUCCUUCCAGGAAGGCGACUCAGUGGCUUACAUGGAUGCCAACGCCGGCACCUAUGGCUCCUACUCAGCCAUACCUGCCGCAAAGCUCCUGCGUAUUCCCCAAGGCUUGUCCACGCAGCAGGCUGCUGCCAGCCUGCUCCAGGGACUCACAGCAUGGACAUUCAUUCGGGAGGCGGGACAAGUGAAGGCUGGCCAGUGGGUGCUGGUUCACGCGGCUGCAGGUGGUGUCGGCACGCAGUUGGUGCAGAUGCUCAGGGAGGUUGGGGCCAAGGUUAUAGGCACGGCGAGUACCGAUGAGAAGUGCAAGCUGGCAGAAAAAAACGGUGCGGGGUGGGUCAUUAACUCCAAGACAGGAAACAUCGUGGAGGAGGUAAUGAAGAUCACGGAUGGACAUGGCAUUGAUGUCAUCUUUGAUGGGAUUGGCAAGGCCACAUUCGAUCAGGACAUUGAACUGGCGGCGCGUAAGGGCAUCCUGGUAAUGGUGGGAAAUGCAUCCGGUGCCGUCCCGCCAUUCGAUAUCCUCAGGCUUGGGAGUAAGAACGUGAAGCUCGUGCGGCCAGUGGUCGACCACUACGUCGCGACCAGGGAAGAGCUGGAAGAAUAUAGCGGGGAGCUGUUUGAAAUGCUGGUAUCUGGAAAGCUGAAAGUUGACGUCCACAAGGUGUACGAGCAGAGCGAUGCCGCAUCGGCGCACGUUGACCUGGAGAGCCGAAAAACCACUGGCAAGCUGUUGCUGAAAAUUGAAUGA